AUGGCGGCACUAGAUGGCAGCAGGAGUGGUGCUGGUGAGAAGAGCAAGGUUACCAAUGUGGAGUAUUCUGUCAUAUCUACCUACAUAUGGCACACCUGCGACAAUUCCUCAACUUUCACCGAUGGCAGCACUUAUUCCACAAACUUGGAUCUGGUUAUCAACGAUCUGUUUCUUAAUGCACCUCAAAGUUCAGGCUUUAACACAUCUUCCCAUGGCCAAUCUCCCAAUAAGGUCUAUGGUCUGCUGCAGUGUACUGGAAAUAUAUCGUCAGUGAGAUGCUCAAACUGUGCGGUGGAAGCGAACAACAAUACUGAUGGAAUUAUCCUGCGGAACCGGAAUAAUAUAGCCGGGGAAGCUUUUAAAUCCACAACCAGUAGCCAUUUGUCGAAUCUGUCAAACAAGGCUUACAUCCCUGCAAAUAAGGGAUUCGCUGCUGGAUUAGCGAGCUAUUCUGCUUCAGGAAUAGAAUACGGUUUAGUUCAGUGUUGGCAAGAUAUAUCAAUACAGGAUUGUAGAUUAUGCCUGAUUAAAGCAAGAACAGAUGUGAACAGUUGCUGUUCUUCAAACCAAGGAGCCCAGGCUCAGUACGGAAGCUGCAAGUCGCCGUCUCCCUCCCCUGACGGAUCCACUACAAAUACUUCCACACCUCCAGCUACUUCAACACCUUCUCCUGCAGUAACCCCUUCUCCUCCCGCAGUAGCCCCUUCUCUUGAUACGGUUAAUGGAACUUCUUCGACGACAUCGAAAGGAAAGUCUUCAGAAACAUUACCCAUAGUUCUCAGUCUUGUGGGAGGCAUAAUUCUGACAUUAGCUCUUUGUCUGACUGUAUUGAGAAAAAGGGUUAAAUCUGUCAUUUAUGGGAGGCCAACAACUGCUAAUGCUGACAAUCAAGGUGUCUCAUGA